CUAGGCACAUUCAAGUCUGACGAUGGGGAUUAUUUCGUAGAGCCGCUGCUAUCGCUCGAAGAACAGGAGUAUGAAGAAGAGCACAACAAGCCACAUCUAGUCUACCGACAUCGGACACCUCCAACCAACUCUUCAGGGGACAGGCAGACUUGCGAUACUCCAGAUCAUGAACACGGUCACAAAAAGAACAAGCGGAAACACUGGAGAAGACAGUGGGCUGAAAGCAGCAUAUUAUCUGACAUGGAGGUGUUGAAACACAGCCUGGAAAUUAAUUCGUUUUCUGCGGAUAGCAACAAGACUGGGAACAUCAGUGAAAAGAAGAGCCACAAACGAACAAAGCGAUUUCUCUCCUACCCUCGGUUUGUGGAAGUGAUGGUGGUGGCUGACAGCAGGAUGGUCGCCUACCAUGGAGCUAAUCUGCAGCACUAUGUCCUGACGUUAAUGUCAAUAGUGGCUUCUAUCUACAAAGACCCAAGCAUUGGAAAUUUAAUUAAUAUUGUUAUUGUGAAGUUGGUCGUGAUACAUAACGAACAGGAUGGUCCUGCAAUAUCUUACAAUGCCCAGACAACAUUAAAAAACUUUUGCCAAUGGCAGCAAUCCCAGAACCACCCGGAAGGAAGUCACCUUCAACACGAUACAGCUGUGCUUGUUACCAGACAGGAUAUUUGUAGAGCGCACGACAAAUGUGAUACUCUGGGUCUGGCAGAGCUGGGCACGGUCUGUGACCCAUACAGGAGCUGUUCAAUUAGUGAAGAUAAUGGACUGAGCACUGCUUUCACAAUAGCACAUGAACUUGGCCAUGUAUUUAACAUGCCACACGAUGACAAUCAUAAGUGCAAAGAAGAUGGAGGUAAAAAUCAACAGCAUGUCAUGGCACCAACGCUGAAUUUCUACACCAACCCCUGGAUGUGGUCAAAAUGCAGUAGGAAAUACAUCACUGAAUUUCUGGACACUGGUUAUGGGGAGUGUUUGCUUGAUGAACCUUCAUCAAGAACUUACACGUUGCCUCAGCAGCUCCCGGGGCUGAUUUAUGACGUCAACAAACAAUGUGAGUUAAUUUUUGGACCUGGAUCUCAAGUGUGCCCAUAUAUGAUGCAGUGUCGGCGACUUUGGUGUAUUAACAUCGAUGGCGCACACAAGGGAUGCCGUACCCAGCACACACCUUGGGCUGACGGGACAGAAUGUGAGCCUGGAAAGCACUGCCGGUUUGGGAUGUGUGUGCCCAAAGAGCGAGAGGCGCCGGUGAUAGACGGAGCGUGGGGGACGUGGAGCCCUUUUGGGACCUGCUCGAGAACCUGCGGCGGUGGCAUAAAGACGGCGAUACGGGAGUGCAACAGGCCCGAGCCUAAAAACGGUGGGAAAUACUGCGUGGGUCGUCGCAUGAAGUUUAAAUCCUGCAACACCGAACCGUGCUCGAAGCUGAAGAAGGAUUUCCGGGACGAGCAGUGCGCCGACUUUGAUGGGAAGCACUUUAACAUCAACGGGCUGCCCACGAACGUGCGCUGGGUUCCCAAAUACAGCGGCAUCCUGAUGAAGGAUCGGUGCAAGUUGUUCUGCCGAGUGGCAGGAAACACAGCGUAUUACCAGCUGCGGGAUCGUGUCAUUGACGGGACGCCCUGCGGCCCCGACACGAAUGACAUCUGCGUGCAGGGCCUUUGCCGGCAAGCUGGAUGUGACCAUGUGCUGAAUUCAAAAGCAAGAAGAGAUAAGUGUGGUGUUUGUGGUGGGGAUAAUUCUUCAUGCAAAACCGUUGCAGGCACAUUUAACACGGUGCAUUAUGGCUAUAACGUUGUGGUCCGCAUCCCAGCUGGUGCAACUAAUAUUGAUGUGCGUCAGCACAGUUACUCAGGGAAACCAGAGGAUGACAACUACCUGGCCUUAUCUAACAGUCAAGGAGACUUUAUAUUAAAUGGAGACUUUGUCGUCAGUAUGUUUAAAAGGGAAAUCAAAGUUGGGAAUGCUGUGAUCGAAUACAGCGGAUCGGAUAAUACUAUUGAAAGGAUUAAUUCUACAGAUCGGAUCGAGCAAGAAAUAACACUUCAGGUUUUAUCAGUGGGCAAUUUGUACAAUCCUGACGUUCGUUACACGUUUAAUAUCCCCAUUGAGGACAAACCUCAGCAGUUUUACUGGAAUGCCUAUGGCCCAUGGCAGCCCUGCAGUAAGCUCUGCCAAGGAGAACGAAAAAGGAAACCCGUGUGUACGAGAGAGUCGGAUCAGCUCACAGUGUCAGACCAGCGAUGUGAUCGGAUUCCCCAGCCUGACCCCAUCACUGAGCCCUGUAGCACAGAAUGUGAAUUAAGGUGGCACAUUGCGAGGAAGAGCGAGUGCACGGCCCAGUGCGGGCUGGGGUACCGCACCCUGGAGAUCUACUGCUCCAAGUACAACAGGCUGGAGGGGAAGAUAGAGAAGGUCGACGACCGCUUCUGCAGCAGCCAGCCCAAGCCGAGCACGAGGGAGAAGUGCACUGGAGACUGUAACGUGGGAGGGUGGCGGUACUCAGCCUGGACCGAGUGCUCCAAGAGCUGCGGCGGGGGCACGCGGCGGCGGCGAGCCAUGUGCGUGAACACCUACAACGACGUCCUGGACGACAGCAAGUGCAGUCAGCAGGAGAAGCUGACGGUGCAGCGAUGCAGCGACUUCUUGUGCCCGCAGUGGAAAACUGGCGACUGGUCUGAAUGCUUGGUCACCUGUGGAAAAGGGCACAAACACCGCCAGACCUGGUGCCAGUUUGGAGAAGAUCGAUUAAACGACAGGUUUUGCGAUCCCGAAACGAAGCCGGAGUCGGUGCAGACGUGCCAGCAGCAAGAGUGUGCUUCGUGGCAAGUGGGGCCGUGGGGCCAGUGCACGACAACCUGUGGCCAAGGCUACCAGAUGAGAGCGGUGAAGUGUGUCGUGGGCACCUAUGUGUCGGUGGUGGAUGAUAAUGAGUGUAAUGCUGCAACCAGGCCAACAGAUACCCAGGACUGUGAAAUAGCAGCGUGUCCUCCCCAUCCAAAUAGUCCCGAAGCCAAGAGAUCCAUAUCAGGCAUUCACAGGACACAGUGGAGAUUUGGAUCCUGGACACCAUGCUCCGCAACAUGUGGGAAGGGUACCCGGAUGAGAUACGUCAGCUGUCGGGAUGACCAGGGCUCGGUGGCCGACGAGUCAGCUUGUUUCCACCUCCCGAAGCCGUCAGCCACGGAGAUGUGCACCGUGACACCAUGUGGGCAAUGGAAGGCCUUGGAGUGGAGCUCCUGCUCGGUAACUUGUGGUCAAGGUAAGGCAACGCGACAAGUGAUCUGCGUCAAUUACAGUGACCAGCUGGUGGAUAGGAGUGAGUGCGAUCCAGAUGACCUCCCUGCCACCGAGCAAGACUGCUCCAUGUCUCCUUGUCAUCCAAACAGCCAUGACUACGGCAGGCCCAUCCACCCUUUCCUCUAUCCGGAUCAUCGCCUGAAACUGCACCCCGGAGGCAGCCCGAAUCGAAACCGUGCGCAUAUACCGGGAGGCAAUCAGUGGAGGAUUGGCCCCUGGGGUGCUUGCUCUAGCACGUGUGCGGGGGGGUUCCAGCGGCGGGUUGUGGUGUGCCAGGAUGAAAAUGGAUACACCGCAAAUAACUGCGAUGAGAAAAGCAAACCCAUGGAGCAGAGAUCGUGCGAAUCUGGCCCCUGUCCUCAGUGGGCUUAUGGCAACUGGGGAGAGUGCACGAAGCCAUGCGGGGCAGGGACAAGAACACGGCUGGUGGUGUGCCAGCGCCCUAAUGGAGAAAGGUUUACGGAUCUGAGCUGUGAAAUCCUUGACAAGCCACCGGACAGAGAGCAGUGCAAUGUGCAGGACUGUCCUAGAGAUGCUGCCUGGAACGCUGGUCCUUGGAGCUCGUGUUCUGUCUCCUGUGGAAGGGGCCAAAAGCACCGCAAUGUGUACUGUUUGUCAAAGGAAGGGAGGCAUGUAGAAGAAGAUUAUUGCAAGCACCUUGCUAAGCCCAACAUGCAAAAGAAAUGCAGAGGGGGCAGAUGUCCGAAGUGGAAAGCAGGAGAUUGGGGACAGUGCUCGGUGUCCUGCGGCCGGGGUGUCCAGCGCCGUGCCGUGCACUGCCAGAGCAGCACCCCGAAGGCAGCCGAGGAGGCAGAGUGUGACCCAGCCGUCCGGCCCCCUCCGCAGCGGGACUGCCACCUCCCCGAGUGCCCCACGCACCACUGGGCAGCCGGCGAAUGGCAAGCGUGCAUGAAGACAUGCGGGGAGGCAUCUCGGUACCGAAAAGUGGUCUGCGUGGAUGAGAACAAGCGGGUGCAGAACAGCGGCUACUGCGACACCAGCAAACGCCCCCCCGAAAUCGAGAGCUGCGGGCUGCCGCCCUGCGAGUACGUCUGGAUCACCGGGGAGUGGUCGGAGUGCUCCGUCACGUGCGGGAAGGGAUACAGGCAGCGCCUGGUGUCCUGCAGCGAGAUUUACACCGGGAAGGACCACUAUGAGUAUGGGUACCAGAACACGGUCAACUGUCCUGGCACACAGCCGCCCAACAUCCAGCCCUGCUACCUCGGGGAGUGCCCCGUCUCGACGUCCUGGCGCGUUGGCAACUGGGGAAGUUGCUCGGUCACCUGUGGAGUUGGAGUCAUGCACCGGUCGGUGCAGUGUUUGACGAACGAUGACCAGGUCAGCAGCUUGUGCCAUGCGGAUCUGAAACCUGAAGAGAGAAGGACAUGCCACAACGUCCAUGACUGUGAAUUACCAAGGAGUUGCAAAGACGUUAAAAGUCUCAAAGGUGUCACUGAAGAUGGCGAAUAUUUCCUUCAAGUCAAAGGAAAGAUGUUAAAGGUGUAUUGCUCCGGGAUGCAGACCGACAGCCCAAAGGAGUAUGUGACCCUUGUAAAUGGGGAUGCAGAGAAUUUUUCGGAAGUGUAUGGAUACAGAUUGCAUAACCCGACUGAAUGUCCAUAUAACGGGAGCAGACGAGAAGACUGCCAGUGUAGGAAAGAUUACACAGCAGCUGGGUUUUCCACCUUCAGCAAAGUAAGGCUGGACCUGAACACUAUGCAAAUAAUAACGACUGAUUUACAGUUUGCACGGACACAUGAUGGACGACCCGUUCCUUAUGCCACUGCUGGGGACUGCUACAGUGCAGCUAAAUGCCCGCAGGGUCGCUUCAGCAUAGACCUUUAUGGGACAGGCCUGUCCUUAAUGGGAACCGCAAAGUGGCUCUCGCAAGGGAAUUACGCAGUGUCGGAAAUUCAAAAAUCCCCAGAUGGUACCAAAGUAGUAGGAAAAUGUGGCGGUUACUGUGGGAAGUGUACUCCAUCAUCUGGAACAGGCCUCGAUGUUCAGGUGUUAUAG